CCAUUUAUCGGCCAGUCAGAUUCUUGCUCGCGGUGAGAAGGUUCGCGACGGUCUACGUGCCGAAUAUCUAAACACGUGAACAAGUGAAAGUCUUAUUUCAAAUCGUAGAUACCAUGGCUACCGUGAAUGGUGAUCAUACUACAAAUAAUAUCAAGGCGAAGAAACCAAGACCCUUGUUAGCAAGAACUUGGUCGGAAAAUUAUGAGAUUAAAGAUGUUGAGGUCCCUGGCUCACCUCAGACACCUCGCACAUCGACAACUCCAGGUCACGAGAACUGCACCUUCCACCACGAUUUAGAAUUAGACCACCGUCCUCCCACCAGAGAAGACAUGUUACCGGAAAUGUCGAGAUCUUACAAAUUGCUACUGGCAUCACUAGGGGAAAAUCCAGAGCGACAGGGUCUAUUAAAAACUCCGGAAAGAGCUGCAAAGGCCAUGUUGUUCUUUACCAAAGGUUAUGAUCAAAGUCUUGAAGAGGUGCUCAACGAUGCUAUAUUUGACGAAGACCACGACGAGAUGGUAGUUGUAAAAGAUAUCGAAAUGUUUUCCAUGUGCGAGCACCAUUUAGUACCUUUCUACGGAAAGGUUUCCAUCGGAUAUUUACCAUGUGGAAAAAUUUUGGGACUUAGCAAGUUAGCUAGAAUCGUCGAGAUUUAUUCCAGGCGGCUACAAGUACAGGAACGACUCACCAAGCAAAUCGCCGUUGCCGUUACCAAGGCAGUGCAACCUGCCGGGGUUGCCGUAAUCGUAGAGGGAACACACAUGUGUAUGGUUAUGAGAGGAGUACAGAAAAUCAACAGCAAAACCGUAACCUCAACUAUGCUGGGAGUCUUCAGAGAUGAUCCUAAAACCAGAGAAGAAUUUUUAAACUUAGUCCAGUCAAAAUAAUUGCAUGAUUAUAUAGAUAUUAAACUUACAAUGUAUUAUUCCAGUAUGCAAGAGUAACUAUAAAAUACUUAAGAUGUUAAAAUAUUUAUUAUUACAAAUUUAUAAAGAUUUACAUAUUUAUAUAUUUAUUUUUACACGUAUUUUCGCAUAAUAAAUACACAACAGAAUCCCAAAAA